CUUGGGAAUAUGAAUUUCCAGAUAGCCUUUCUGCUGCUAUUUUGUUUGAACAUUGUUCAUGGAGGGUUUUAUCCUGAACGAUACCCAUCGCCAACGGGCAUAAAGGGACCGCCACCCAGUGGGAAGACUCAAUUCUUCCUUCCGUACACCAUAAAGAGUCAGGGUGUGCCAGUGAGAGGAGACCAAGGCCCCACCGGCCCACCCGGACCUGCUGGUCCCCGGGGACUGCCCGGCCCUUUGGGACCUCCAGGAAAGCCAGGUUUCGGAAGCCCAGGCCCUCAAGGCCAGCCGGGGGUACCAGGGCCACCGGGACCAUCUGCCGUCGGGAAGCCAGGUCUGCCAGGUCUGCCGGGGAAACCCGGCGAAAGAGGACCUUACGGGGAGAAAGGAGACGCUGGUCCUGCUGGUCUCCCAGGACCCAGGGGACCAAAUGGGCCACCUGGAAUUCCUGGCCCGGCUGGAAUUUCAGUCACAGGGAAGCCAGGGCAGCAGGGGCCAUUGGGGCCACCGGGGCCAAGGGGCCUCCCAGGGGAGAAGGGAGCCCCGGGCCAGCCUGGCAUGCUCGGUCCAAAGGGAGAAAAUGGGUAUGGGGCUCCUGGGCGCCCAGGGGAGCGAGGACAACCAGGUCUACAAGGUCCCAUGGGCCCCUCCGGACCUGCCGGGCUAGGGAAACCAGGGGAAAAUGGGUCCCCGGGACAGCCGGGAGUCAAAGGGGACCGGGGCUUCCCUGGGGAGAAAGGCCAAGCUGGUAUCCCUGGGCCCCAGGGACCCCGUGGGGAACCGGGAGUGGCGGGACUCGGCAAGCCAGGGGCUAACGGGACUCCAGGACUGCCGGGGGCUCCGGGAACCAAGGGUCACCCGGGCGUUCCAGGCUUGGCGGGACCCCCGGGACCGCUGGGGUUGGGGAAGCCGGGAUUACCAGGAAUCAAGGGGCAGAGGGGCCCCGAAGGCCUCCCUGGGAUGCCUGGUGUCAAGGGGGAGCAAGGCCCAGCGGGUCGCCCUGGGGAGCCGGGGCUGGACGGGGCCCCAGGGAGCACGGGACCUCAGGGACCAAAAGGGGUGCCCGGUGCCCACGGUCUCCCGGGGCCCAAAGGGGAAGCCGGCCCCGUGGGGCCGGCAGGAUAUCCUGGUGCCAAAGGGGAGAGGGGCCUCCCAGGGUCGGAUGGGAAACCGGGCUACGCGGGGCAGCCGGGUCUUGAUGGACCCAAGGGAUCCCCGGGUUUCCCGGGGCCGAAGGGUGAGCCUGGGCCCGGCGGAGCUCCCGGGUUACCAGGCCCGGCGGGAGCAGCGGGAGCUAAGGGAGGAGUGGGGCAGGAUGGUGGCCCCGGCCCCAGGGGCUCCCCGGGGAUCCCCGGCUCGAGGGGGCCGGCUGGCCCUCCCGGCACCCCCGGCUUCCCGGGAGCUAAAGGGGACCCGGGAUCCCCGGGGCUGCCCGGCCCAGCGGGCCUGGCCAUUAAAGGACUCACUGGUCCCAGCGGCCCUCCCGGGCUGCCCGGUCCCAGGGGCCACGACGGAGAGCCCGGCCUCCCGGGGCCCCCGGGGCCCCCCGGACCUCCCGGCCCGGCUGCCGUGGCCGAGGACUUCCUAAAAGGCGGCCAGAGGCCCAGCCUGACAGGAACACCGCUAGGCAGCGCAACCCAGGGCCUGGGGGGAGCGCGUGGGGUGGCGUUCACGGUCAUCCUCUCCAAGGCCUACCCAGCCUCGGGCGCGCCCAUUCAGUUUGACAAAAUCCUAUACAACAGGCAGCAGCACUACGAUCCCAGGACCGGAAUCUUCACCUGCCAGGUGCCGGGGCUGUACUACUUCUCGUACCACGUGCACGUGAAGGGCACGCACGUCUGGGUGGGCCUCUACAAAAAUGGCACGCCCAUAAUGUACACCUACGACGAGUACAAGAAAGGCUAUCUAGACCAGGCUUCGGGGAGCGCCGUCGUCGACCUCGCGGAAAACGAUCAAGUGUGGUUGCAGCUCCCCAACGCGGAAUCCAAUGGCCUGUACUCUUCUGAGUAUGUCCACUCGUCUUUCUCGGGAUUCUUAUUUGCCCAAAUCUAAGACCAUCCCACCCUGGGUGCUGGGGAGUGUUGGGGGGAGGUGUCUCCAUUUUCUGUUUGGAAGGGUUCUAGAUGGGGUGACCUCCCCCCCACCCCCCCAGCCGGCGACACAGUAAUCACAGGGACACAGGGGUAGGUUUGAGGAUUUGGGCAUAUAAAAGACAUCCUCGAGGGUAAGAUUGGGAAUUUCCAUAACGCACCUCUUGGUUGACUAGCAUGGAGUGAUUUCUUUUUACGUUUGUGGAAAGGGCAAACCGGUUGUCAGAAAGAUGAGCAGCAAAGCAGUACGGUCAAUAAUACGUAAAGAUCAUUCCUGUUUUAUGAAUUUCUAGUCAGUACUUUUAAGGCUCUUUAAUGUUUUCGGUGAACUCGCUUUUUGUUUUUCAUCUUGAAACAUGCUUCCUGUACUUAACUCUUUGGAGCAAACAAAACACGGCCAUACCAUGCAACUAUUUGAAGACAAAACAUCACCAGAAAGGGCCACUUCCUUACAGUAUUCCAGGGAUUUAUUUUAACCUUUCAGGCUAUCUUGCAUUAUUUAUCUCCCCACUGAGAGCACAGAUUACACAGGAAAUUUGGGGUUUUCCAGUUGAAAAACUAGGGGACUGUAUUUUUUUUCCCUAUUUGAGAGUUUCAGCGUUUCUCAUGUAACGGAAUGGAUCCAAGAUUUUCUCAGGCCAUUAAAAUUCUUGCGGGGUAAAAAAGCCCAGAUCACAGCCUUGUUGUGGGUCUUGAUCUGGAAGCUGAGCUGUGGGAAUUUCCUGAAUUCAAGUUGGGGAGUGAACAACAACAAGGUAGAAACCUGUGCUAGCCAAAAUGGGAAGCAAAGUUCAGAUUUGGAAGUUUAAAUGCUUUAAAAAAAAGCCCUAGUAAUCAAGAACUUGAGGUUUAGGAGAAAAAUACUUUAAAGUCACAUUAGGGGAGUGAGAGGAGAAACUCAGAUGAUACCUUUUAAGAAAAACAUUCCAAUCUCAUAAUUAGCAUUUAACCACUAAUAUUAGAGUAUUCCAGCAACGCUUAGCAAAGGUACCGUAUUUCCUCAAACUUGAAUCGAGUCUCAGGUGGAAAAGUACCGUUUCCAGCAAUACUUUUUGGGGGUGCAUUUGGAGACAACCUGUAAGAGGCUCCAAUGAGAUCAUUGAAAAGUUUCCAUAAAUCGGUGCUUGUCAACUCAAAAAGAAUGAAAAAAAAACCAGAUCUCUGCUAAGCUAAUGCGGUACAAAAUGUAUUUGUUUCUUGUUCCAUUUCACACCUUUAUGGGGUAGUUGUCAUGGAGGAAACUGCUGCCAUCUAGGCCUAGAAAGUGCAACAAAUUAUUCUGUUUGUACAGUGGAACACAAAGUUGACAUAUGUUUCUGCCAUCUGUUCUGUGAAUGUACUUACCAUCCAGAUUUUUUCAUCUGAAUCCUUUGAAUGACCAAAUAAGAACUGUUUGCUAUCACUAUCUGGUUUCCCAGCUUUGUCACAAGGGUGCUUGGUUCACUGAAUACAUUUAACUCCUUCUCCACCUGGGUUCAGUGUGAUUUUUUACCUUCUCUUAUGGUGCCUCCACGAAUCUUUCCACUGAGUUUUACUGAAAUCGCCCCUGACAUCAAGGGCUUCAACAAUUCGACUAGAAAUGAAUCUCGAUUAUUUAUUUAGUGUUGUAUUUUUUACACUGCUGUUUCAAAAAUCUUUCCCUAGGAGCCCUAAUCUAUUAUUGAAAGGGCAAAUGUUUUUGUCUUUCUCCUCCUUAGUUUCACUGCAAUCCAACAACUGCUGAUGAUGUUUUAUGCUGAAUUCAUUAGACACCAGCAUAAUUCUUAUUGUAAACUAAUCUUAUUACUCUCUUCAUUUUCUGUAGUUAACAGAUUCUAAGUGAAUAAAAGUGGUAAAGAUUUGUAAAAACAGUCA